AUGACCUUGGAGAUGAUACUGGCACGACAUGGUAGGAAGGAAACAAGUCCUGAAUUCGAGUGCCGCACACCUCGUGUACACAGCAAGUCUGCAUCAGACCAAAUUGUUCCAAACAGAAUAUUAUGGAAGCAUAACAAACACUGCAACGCCGAAGACUCCAAGUCAAGCUGCAAACGAUCGAAAACCAAAUGGAUGGGACACGUACAACUUAUCGUCUCAACUGCCACUGGCAAGAAGUCACCAAGCACUAAUACUCAACCUGUGUAUGGCGUCGUCACUGACAAAUCACUACUAGUCAAGUGUACGCACUCUUUGACACUCCCGGCGUUGGGGUACUCAGCGAACGACUUGCAACGCCCGCUGCCUGAAGUGCCCGGAAUGCUAAUUUCGGGCUCGUCCCAAAAUAUUGGGCAAUGCCAACGUCUCCCUCCUUCAAGUUCCCUGUCUCUUUCCCCACACCGAUCUACUCGCUCCGGCCGGCUCGAUGUGCCACCGCAUGGCGCGUGUGACAACGGCGGGCAGCAGGUGGUAGUGGUGACGGUGCCGUGGCGGGAUGUCGGGCGCUGUCAGCCAUUGGCGACUUCAAACUCCGGCAUCCGUGCCGAGCGUGCACCUAGCAGAUACAGACCCAGUUCGUCUUUCAAGUCCAAUCAUCAUCAAGUGUGUCCAGUAAAAUGCAAACCUGUACCGACCAACCACUACAUCAUAGCUUGGUACACCCCACGCCAGCAAUGUGCCCAACGGCUGCUGCGAGACAUUCUCCAACACAAGAAGAUCUGCCAGUAUUUAGCGUGGCGUCGACAUCUUCGUCAGGCUAAACAGCAAAAUAAUGAUUUUUCAUUCAACAGGCAUCUGAGUCCGACGAAUCCUCGAUACCAGAUUCAGCAGUCUUCGAGUUCUUCAGCGGUGACUCGCAGUAUAGAAGCUCGAUAUGACUGCUCAGUGGUUGCGACCAAUCGGCAAUUGCGGGAAAGAUUUAGUCGGGGUAACCUCAAUGUCGCUCUCAUCAAGCCCUCCCAAGUUUCGAGUAGCAAUCUGACGGAACGCAGACUGAACUUCCUAUGCAGUGGUGCAGGCAUAGGAGGGCUUUUUCUCGCUAUUACUAUUGGGAAGUUUGCAGGGUGCGAUAUUUACGUAGACUUAUACGAAGCGCAUGAUGCUAUUACGGCCGCUGGGGCUAGGAUUACAGUCGCGCGACGCACGGCGGAGGUCAUGGUGGAACUCGGCUUGUAUAACAAAAUCUCUCGUGUUUCAGCAUCGCCCCCCUCUUCCAGCUAUGGGGCAGACGGCACCCACUCUUCAGUGCGGAAGACAUUUUUCGAAACAAUAGGUCCAGACACCAUAGACCCAAGCAAGAUAAGGCGCUACAGUGAUCCAUCUUGGACCAGAACGCUUGUCUAUGUCGAUGGCAGCAUCUUUCCAACGGAGAAGCUUUCGAAAUUGGAUCCAAACAACCUAGCUUUGAAGGAUUUCAUGAUACACAUCAUCUCGUAUCCUGUUUCUCAAGGAACGCGGAUCAAUGUCACAGCGUAUGCUUCCGAUGAACAGAAAACAGACAUACCUUUUGAGGGUCAUUGUGUUUCGGCUGUAUCCCUAGAAGAAGUUGUGGAGGCAUAUAAGGACUUCGAACCCGAUGCUAAGCGCCUUCUGGAUUAUUUCGAGAACCCCUCAAGAUGGGCGCUUCACGUGCUAAAUGAAUUGCCGCUAUUCACUUGGGACAUAGUUGCGCUGAUAGGUGCUGCAGCCCAUGCCAUGACGCCCCACUUUGGAGCUGGAGCUGGUCAAGCAAUUGAGCACAUCAAUCGGAACGUAGUACGGGACAGAUGUACGAUUUUUGCGCACUUGAGACAGAUCGAGGCAAUGAACGAGAAGAUCAUAGACUUAUGGGGAAAUUGGGACAAUGAAGGUGAAGGUGGUGCAGUUGCUGAAUGGGUAGAGGCAGAAAGGCAAUUGCAGGAGGGUUCGUACAGUGGACGAUCUGAGAACAGUGCAUUGUGUCAUGGUUUUACACGAGUCGUAGCGGCGCUGGAAAGCGCCAGUCCCUGA